UACACGUUAUAUUGAUUACAAAAUCGUGUAACCAAUGAAUUCAUUGAUGAUUAUAUUGGAAAAUCAAUAUACAGUAUAGUUAGUUGUAUUUAAAUAAAUACAUAAUGAAUGGCAACCAAAAAGAGCAUUAAGGAGCGUAUAGUCAUAGCACGUCAUAACUAUAUACCUAUCGAUGCUCACACUGACCUACCAUUGGAAAAGAGUGAGGAAUAUGUGAUAAUUGAUGACUCGGGCGAGUGGUGGACGGCUCGCAAUAAAUAUGGACAGAUAGGGCUCAUACCAUCCAAUUAUGUUGAAGAUAAAACUUGCGAUAGUAUUGAGUCACUGUAUAAAUACGACUGGUUUUUACCGCACUUGGAUAGGGAUCAGUCGGAAAGCAUACUGCGGUCCGAUAACCGCGACGGAUGUUUUCUGRUCAGACUAUCGGCAACUGAAGAAAAAUGCUUUACAAUUAGUCUUUUAGUCAAAAUUGGAAAUCAUAUAACCAGCGAAAUAAAGCAUUACUUAAUUCAAAGAAGUAAUGACGGCCUGUAUUUUGUACGACAACAGGAGUUCUUUGACUCAAUUGAACAGUUGAUUGCAUAUCAUCGACAAACAAGAGGCCAUUUGGCAUCUAAAUUAAAAUGUGUGCCAAAAAUUAAUUUAAACAAUUUAGUGAAUGAUAUGCAAAAUCUACAAAUUACUAAAGACAAAUCGUGGGAAAUACGUGCAAACGAGUUAACCCUAUUGGAAGAGUUGGGUUCGGGACAGUUUGGUGUUGUCCGUCACGGGAAAUGGAUGUCCAAAAUUGAUGUGGCCGUCAAACUCAUGAAAGAGGGCACAAUGUCUGAGCACGACUUCAUUGAAGAGGCAAAAGUGAUGACCAAAUUACAACAUCCAAAUCUUGUACUCCUCUAUGGUGUCUGUGUAGAGCACCGGCCUAUUUGUAUUGUUACUGAAUUCAUGAAACACGGUUCAUUGCUAUCAUAUCUGCGAAAACAUGAGAAUAGGUUGAGACAGAGACCCACCUCGUUGUUGGAUAUGUGUGUUCAGGUGUGCUCUGGGAUGGCAUACUUGGAAAGUCAUAAUUAUAUUCAUAGAGAUCUCGCGGCCCGUAAUUGUUUGGUGGGCGACAAUAAUGUGGUAAAAGUGGCAGAUUUUGGACUCACCCGUUAUGUGAUAGACGAUGAAUAUACAUCAAGUGGAGGAACCAAAUUUCCCAUUAAAUGGGCGCCUCCGGAGGUUUUGUGGUAUACUAGGUUUAGCUCAAAAUCAGAUGUCUGGGGUUAUGGUAUCUUAAUGUGGGAGGUGUUUAGUUGUGGCAAAAUGCCUUACGGAAGACUCAGUAAUGCACAAGUGGUCGAACAGAUACGCGAAGGACACCGACUGGAGAGACCCCGUUCSUGUCCAAGAGAUGUCUACAAUUUAAUGCAAAUGUGUUGGCAGGAACUGUCUGAAGACAGACCAUCGUUUGCUAAACUCAGGACAUUACUCGACAAUCUCUUUUGUUUUACUGAAGUUAUCCAAUAAUAAACAUAUAUUU